AUGUGUAGAUAAGCAGAAGAAUAAUAUUACUAGGAAUGAAGCAAGAGAAGUUACAAAACUGAAAGCGUCUUUGCUUGUCAUAUCAAGUUAACAAACUCUUAAAAUUUAAACACAAAAACCACGCGUAUGUGGUCCAGUGGCGACAAUCAACCUGGAAAGUCAUGGGUUCGAUCCCGCUGGGAGGUAGUUGCUCUUGAGGGACCUUCAGGCCCAAUAUAGACACGCCUGCAGACCCGUGGCCACUGGUGGGAUUUACAUGGGGUGAUCACCAGCCCUCCUGGAGGCCUCGGCAGGCUCCCCGGCUUGCUCCGGUGGACGGUCAUUGGUCACUAGUCGGGUCCUCACGAGGUCUCGGAUACCAGGGUCAUCAAAAAAAAAAAAAAAAAAAAAUUUAAACACAAAAACAUUAAGAAUACAAAACACACAGCAAAACAAUAUUUUAUUACUCAGAAGUCGUGGCCAUCUCUCCUAUAUAAAGCUUCUUCUCCACACAACCAACCAUUCACCACUUCCCUCUUCUUCCUAAGCCCAAAUAUUUUAAUGGCACCCUGCAUCUACACGUCCAAUACCCAUCUAUCUCAAGACGACAAUUCUCGGUUCCGUUACAUGAAUCUCUUCCCUGAUCGGCACAUCACGAAAACCUCCAACUCAAACUCUCUGGACGGUGAAGAUGAUGAUGUCUGGGUUAAGAUGCUAGAAGAAGCUAAAUCCGACGUUGAGCAAGAACCCAUUUUGUCAAACUACUACUACUCUUCCAUUACGUCGCAUCGCUCGUUAGACACCGCUUUGGCGAACAUUCUCUCCGUGAAGCUCAGCACUUUAACCUUACAAAGCAACACCCUCUUCGAACUCUUCAUCGGCGUCUUACAAGAAAGCCCAGAGAUCAUGGAAUCUGUGAAGCGAGACCUGUUAGCAGCAAAGGAAAGAGACCCAGCUUGCUUAAGCUACGUCCAUUGCUUCCUAAGCUUCAAAGGCUUCCUCGCUUGUCAAUCUCAUCGCAUCGCUCACAAGCUCUGGUCUCAAGACAGAAAGAUCCUCGCUUUACUCAUCCAAAACAGAGUUUCCGAAGCUUUCGCCGUCGAUAUUCACCCGGGAGCGAAGAUCGGAGACCACGCGACGGGGGUGGUGAUCGGAGAGACGGCGGUGGUUGGACACAACGUUUCGAUUCUCCACGGCGUGACGCUGGGAGGAACAGGGAAGCAGUGCGGCGAUAGGCAUCCGAAGAUCGGCGAUGGAGUCUUGAUCGGAGCCGGGAGUUGUAUACUGGGGAAUAUUACGAUCGGAGAGGGAGCUAAGGUUGGAUCGGGGUCGGUGGUGCUUAAGGACGUGCCGCCGCGUACGACGGCGGUUGGAAACCCGGCGAGAUUGAUUGGGGGGAAGGAGAAUCCGAAAACGGUAGAUAAGAUUCCAGGUUUGACCAUGGACCAGACAUCGUAUUUGACCCAAUGGUCUGAUUAUGUUAUCUAAACACAACAACAAGUGUAAUAAUUGUCCCUUGCGCUGCGUUUUCCUCUAAAAGCUAAGAUUAAUCUCAUUUGAGUAGUCUUAAGUUAACUCUUUAA